GAGAACCACUAGCAGUUUGAACUCAGGAACUCAGUCGCAUUCACCUUCUCUUGCCACUUAUAUCGUCUACAGAAUACCUACAAAAUGGCUGACAAGGAAAAGGUAAAGAAGAAGAAGGUAAAGAAGGAAGAACCAAAAGAUGCACCUGCAGAAGAAGCACCAGCACCAGCACCCGCCCCUGAGCCUGAAGCACCUCCUUCUCAUUCCAGCACAAAACACAGUAGCCGCAAAAGUUCAUCCAAGAAAGUCCGCAGAUCUGGUAGUAAUGUGUUCUCUAUGUUCACAACCCAACAAGUGGCCGAAUUCAAAGAGGGUUUCUCGAUGAUGGAUUGGGAUAAAGAUGGCAUUUUGGGCAAGGAAGACUUGAGAGCCACUUGGGAUAAAGUAGGUAAGCUAGUUACAGACCCCGAACUCGAUGCCAUGUUAAGCGAAGCUUCCGGCCCAGUUAACUUUACCCAACUAUUGACUUUGUUUGCAGCUAGGAUGUCUGAUGGAGGUCAAACCGACGACGAUGAAACCGUUAUUGCUGCCAUCAAAUCAUUCGAUGAUAAUGGUAAAAUCGAUAGUGAAAAGCUGAGGUACGGUUUAUUGAACUGGGGUGACAAGUUCUCCGCACAAGAAGUCAAAGAUGCUUUUGAUAACAUGGAAAUUGACAAGAAAGGCAUGAUCGACACUGAAGACCUCAUAUCCAUGGUGUUGGGAUCUGGUGACGAUGAAUAAUUUGUAUUUAUAUAAAUCAAUAACCAGUUUUUAAUUUAUUUAAUAUCCCUGAGUUUGCACAAAUUGUAUCAAUUGGUAGGUAACAAAUGACAAAUUUGAUGAAUGUUGAUAUCGAAAUAAAAAGAAAGUCCUCUAUUCA